AUGUCUCAACCGCAAUCAGAUCGCUCGCCGUACUAUGACAUUGUCAUUGUUGGAGCUGGCCCUGUUGGCCUGAUGCUCUCAACAUGCCUUGCUCGCUGGGGUUACAAAAUCAAGCAUAUUGAUAACAGAGCUGAACCAACCCCAACGGGUCGAGCGGAUGGCAUCCAGCCCCGCUCAUUGGACCUUCUUCGUAAUAUGGGCCUCAAGUCAGAUAUCAUGGCUCACCAUCCAGCCCGCGUUUACGAGGUUGCCUUUUGGGACCCAGCUUCAACGGGACAGGGUAUUGCCCGAACUGGAACAUGGGCUAGUUGCCCUGAUUUCAUUGAUGCUCGCUAUCCUUUCACAACUUUGCUGCACCAGGGCUUGAUUGAGCGUGUCUUUAUCUCAGACCUCGAGAAGAAUGGAGCGAGUGUCCAGCGGCCAUGGACCAUCAAGAGUUUUACCUCUGACGAGAAAGCCAACCCUGAUUACCCCGUCACGGUAGAUCUGGAGCACGUCGACGGUACAGCACAUGAGACUAUCCACGCCAAGUAUCUGUUUGGUGGCGAGGGUGCAAGAUCAUUCAUUCGCACCCAACUCGGUAUUGCUGUUCGACACAAAGAUCCAAUUGCUCACGUCUGGGGUGUAAUGGAUGGCGUAGUGAAGACUGACUUUCCUGAUAUCAAGAUGAAAUGCACUAUCCAUAGCGAGCAUGGUUCUAUCAUGGUUAUCCCACGAGAGAACAACAUGGUUCGUCUCUACAUUCAAAUCGCAUCUUCAACAGACCCAGAUUGGAACCCUAGGCGAACAGCCACCGAGGAGCAAGUGCAAGAGUCAGCCAAGAAGAUCCUGCAGCCAUACUCUAUCGAGUGGGAGCGCGUCGAGUGGUACUCUGCCUACCCCAUUGGACAGGGGAUUUCGGAAAAAUACACCUUGGAUCAGCGAGUCUUCCUUGGCGGCGAUGCCUGCCACACCCAUAGUCCCAAGGCCGGUCAGGGUAUGAACACCGCAUUCCUUGACGCCCAGAAUCUUGCCUGGAAAAUCCACGCUGUUGAGUCCGGCUUUGCCAACAGGGAAAUUCUCAAGACCUAUGAGACAGAACGCAAACAUGUCGCGGAAUCCCUACUCGAUUUUGACAACCGAUAUGCAAAGCUAUUCUCACAACGGCCACCAGCGGCAGCUGAGGUGCAGGCUGCGUCGGCCAGUCAUGGCAGCAAUGGUAAUGACAACCAAGAAAAUGAAUUCAUCAACACUUUCAAAGAGUCGUGCGAGUUCACCAGUGGAUAUGGAGUUUAUUACAAACCCAAUGUUUUCAACUGGUCACCUGAGCAUUCUGCUCAGUCAACUCUUAUUCACCCGAAGGGUACAAAAUUACGAACGGGUCGUAUUUUCAUCAACUCGAAUGUGACGAGGGUAGUCGACGCCAACGUUGUCCAUCUAGAGCAGGAAAUACCCUUGAACGGUGCUUUCCGACUGUUCGUUUUCGCAGGUGUUCCAUCAAAGACUCGACAAGCUCUGAAGGACUUUGCCAAUCACCUUGGAAGUCAGCGAUCCUUCUAUGCAGCAUACCAACGCCCUGACCUUGAUAAGGUCUCGUAUCAUGAGAAACAUCUCCCUCAUAGCCAAUUCUUCACUCUUUGCACAAUCUUUGCCUCAAAGCGGCCCGACAUUGAGAUCUCACGCGACGUGCCUGGGGUCCUCGCUCGAUACAGAGAUCACGUCUAUGCUGAUGAUCGAUCCGAUGCUCGAUUAUCGCAGGCAAAGGCUGUAGCCCAUGCUAAGAUGGGGUUGGAUGAGGAACUUGGUGGCGUGGUAGUUGUGAGACCAGAUGGAUAUGUUGGUAUUGUGGUUAAUCUUGUUGAAGGCAGUGGAACUGUGGAUGCUCUCAACGAGUAUUUCUCAUCCUUCUGUACAAAGAAGCUGGGAUCUACUCUGGCGCAGCUGUAA